CCCGUCGGAAGAGGCGAGCCCGCUCCUUCUCCUGCCUCGGCCGCUUCCCUGCCGUCCGUCCGUCCGUCGGUGGCGCUCCUCCUCCUCUCCAUGGCCGGCGCGGGGCUACAGCUGGUGGGCUACUUCCUAGCGCUGGCCGGCUGGGUGGGCGCCAUCUGCUCGUCGGCGCUGCCGCAGUGGAAGCAGAGCUCCUACGCCGGGGACGCCAUCAUCACGGCCGUCGGGCUCUACGAGGGCCUCUGGAUGAGCUGCGCCUCGCAGAGCACCGGGCAGGUCCAGUGCAAGCUCCACGAAUCGCUGCUGUCGCUCGACGUUCAUAUCCAGACGUCCCGGGCACUCAUGGUGGCCUCCAUCCUCCUGGGGUUCGUGGGGGUUGUCGUCAGCGUCAUUGGCAUGAAGUGCACCAAAGUUGGAGACGAGAAUCCCGUGGCUAAAAGCUGGAUUGCCGUUUUGGGGGGGGUGCUCUUCUUACUAGCAGGUCUGUGCACAAUGACAGCCGUUUCGUGGUAUGCCGCGCGGGUGACAUACGAAUUCUUCAAUCCCAGUACGCCGGUUAAUGCCAGGUACGAAUUUGGACCUGCUCUGUUUGUGGGGUGGUCAGCAGCCAGCUUGACUUUGCUGGGGGGCACCUUCCUGUCCUGUUCCUGCCCCAAACCGGAAGAGAGGGGUCAACAGUACUACCGGCAAUCACAGCCUUCCACAGCGAGAGAGCCCACUGAAAAAAGGGGAGAUCAGUGCAUGUAAUGUCUUCAGGGGGAAGAGACCCGGUGGUUUGGGGCCUGAGCUUUUCCUUCCAAGAGGCCAAAUAAAGACUGUAGCGAAGAGAUUAAAAACAAAACCGUACUCCCCAACACCAGUUUUCUUUACUGGGGAAAAAACCACAAGAUUGAAAUCAGAAAUGCAAGGCUGAAAAUGAAACCUGCUCUUUUUGCAUCAUUCCCCCCCCCCCCAUGGGACCAUCUAUACUGCUUGUCAAGAUGGCUCUGGAUAUUUUUUUAAAAAAAUGUUUCUAAUGUACUAAACACUUGCCUUAUUAAAA